AUGACUCGAAUAGGCGGCGGAUCAGAAAGUAAAGGGGUUAAGAUAGUUGGCCAUAUCUCGCGUCCUACCGUUGGAGAAGGCCGCCAAGCUCCUGACCGACAGAUGUUCUUCGUCAAUGGUAGACCCUGUGUUCUUCCUCAAAUAUCAAAGGCCUUUAACGAAGUUUACAAGAACUUCAAUGUUACGCAAUCCCCAUUUAUAUUUGCUGAUAUACAUAUGGAUACAAAUGCAUAUGAUGUGAAUAUUUCCCCUGAUAAGCGGUCCAUCUUGCUCCAUGAUCAAGCAAAACUAUUGGAAUCAUUAAAGGCCUCACUUAUGGAAAUGUUCACGAAUCAUGAACAAACCGUACCCCAUACUCAAACUGGAAUCAAAGCAAAAUUACCAAAUUACAAACAGAAUACCCUCAACCUACCUGACCCGCCCCCCGGUUCAACGGAUUCACCGUCAUCAGAGGGUUCAAAGGCUGAUGACCCGUCCAUGACGCCGGAAAACCAUGCCAAUAUCACCGGUCUUAAAGCCACGGAACCCCUAAAUGAGCAGAUGAUUCCUCAUUCUCAAAUUAACGAAGCCCCUACCUCCCACAAAAAAUGCCAACCACUGAAAUAUGCCAUGGAUCUGCCCCAAAAGCCUCGAGAAUCUAACUCCACGCCACUAAUGGUUCAAGAGCGCGAGGAAAUUCCAGAAGGAUCAAACUCGUUUAGUUUCACGACAACGGCAGAUGAAAUCUCAGAUGAAGUCCUCAUUGAAGAAGCCGAAGAGUAUGAGGCACAACUCCCUAGCUUAAUAACUGUCCCAAAUAUUCGUUCGCAUUCUUAUAUACCUACUACAAUGACAAGUCCCCUCUCAAAACUAUCAUGUUACGCCAGAGGAUCGCGGGCAAACAAAACUACUAUCACAAUUGGCGACCGAGAUUCUAUCACAACCGGAAACAGUCCACCGAGCUCACCGAGUAAACGAAGAAAAAUCAUUGCACCUGAAACCGGAAGGUCAAAGGUUGUAAAGUUAGGAAGGUUAGGACAGCCAAAAUUCUCUUCGGGCGUUUUGAGUCGAUUUGCAGCGCCAAAGGCUCAGACGCAAUCCAGAGAGGAGCGGCAGGGGGAGCCGGAGGAGGAAGCCGAUGAUUUUGAACCAGGAUUACUUAAGGGUCACGAGGGUAUUGACGGGGAAAUGGAGAUUCAAGGGCCGGACGAGAUGGUUUUAGAUGGGAAUCAGUACAUUGAUAAGGAUCCAGAUGAGCUAUCUAUAGACGAUAGCGAGCUAGGGGAAACCAUAGUUGUUCCAGACCAGGUUGGUUCAAACCAACCAUUUAUCCCUAACGUAGAAUUCAGCGCAAUUGGUGGCGAUGAAAUCAUGGACGGCGAGCGGGACUCGAGCGUAGAAAAUGAUGAAGAGAUGGAACCCGCCGAGGAUCCCGAGGACGACGAUUUUAUGGAUCAAUAUGAAUUCCUCAAACAAUCAUCAAUACGUGCGCAGAAGCUUUUUGAGCAAGCAGAGGAUUCAGUGGGUAAACCUACUUCGAAAAACCUAGAGAGAGCAUUCGAGAUCCUAGAAGGCUCGCCAGCGUAUACUACAAGGAGGGUCCUUGGAAGAUGUUCCACUUCAGUGGCCCAAUUGAAAAAACAGUUGGGAUCACCUGGAAAACUCUCCACAAGAACUACUGCUAACAACACCUCUUCAUCUAAUUCUACUUUAACGGAGGACGAUUUUUCUGCCGAGGAACGUUUAAAUUUGACGAUUUCUAAGAAGGACUUCUUCGAAAUGCAAAUAAAAGGGCAGUUCAACAAAGGAUUUAUUUUGACAACCAGAAGAGACGAUCUUUUCAUCAUUGACCAGCAUGCGUCUGACGAAAAAUACAAUUUCGAAACAUUGCAACAAGAUACUGUGGUUCAAAACCAACGGCUUGUUGUUCCAAAAACACUAGAAUUAAUGGCGAUGGACGAAGUUAUUGUGACAGAACAUCUGGACGUUUUCAAAAAGAAUGGCUUUAUUAUCGAAGUGGAUCCAGAAGCACCUACGGGAGCAAGGUGCAGAAUAAUUAGCUUACCCUUAAGCAAAGAGACUGUGUUCGGUAUAAAAGACCUGGAGGAGCUUAUACACCUAGUUCAUGAAGACCAAGGUAAUUCUUCAGUUCGAUGUUCCAAGGUUCGGAGUAUGUUUGCAAUGCGAGCUUGCAAGAAGAGCACCAAAGUAGGCCGAGCGCUCACAAUAAAGGGGAUGCAGAAAAUUGUCCGGCAUAUGGGUGAAUUGGAUAAACCUUGGAAUUGCCCGCAUGGGCGUCCGACUAUGAGACAUCUGAUAGAGUUAGGCCAGAAUUGGGCAGAUACCUGGCGUGAAUUUAAUAUCGGAGAGUUCGAGCAGAAGUAG